AUGGCCUCUGGAAACGAAAGUUAUGGAACGUCGUUUGGACCACGACCUAGCAAAAUGGUCAACGAUCUAGUCCUUACAAUCUUCGUCAUUGGUUUCUUCGUCAUUAUUUUAGGAGCCAUCAGCUUGUCUGGCAUUGUGACUAACGUCAUCAACCUAAUCGUUUUUAUCAGACAGGGCUUUAAAGACAAUGUGAACAUCUCUUUGUUCAGCCUGGCCAUUUCCGAUAUAGGGGCACUGUUGCCGCUGCUCUGGGUGAGCAUUGGUUUUAACCCUUUAUUUGUAAAUUCUGAUCUGCCCUUUGAUACUGUGGAGGUUUUGCACCUGACAUCAGGGUGGCCACACAUUUGCUUUGCCCGUAUCUCUGGUUGGAUUACAGCCUUCAUAAUGCUGGAAAGAUGCCUCUGUAUUGCUGUGCCUCUGAAAGUUAAAACAAUGAUAACAGUAAAGAGAAUAGUAAUCGUACUCGUUAGCAUAUACGUGGCAAUGAUAGGUGCCCUGCUGCCAGUGUUUUAUGCCCUUCGCCUGGAGCCCAGAUACUCUCCUCUAAAGAACGAGACCAAGUUCAGAAUGGUUUAUAUUCCAAACGGCUUUGCCAUAGAAAGUGCUGUUUUCUUGAUUAAUGCCUUCUCUCAACUCAUUACAUUUAGCAUGGUCAUCAUUUGCUCUACAAUCCUUGUCCAAAAUCUUAUCAGUAAGUCAAAAUGGCGGAAGUCUACUUCCAGUUCUGGAGAUCAUGACUCUUUUUCAAAUAGAGACAAGAAAGUUGUAAAGCUGGUUCUAUUUAUUGCGAUUAUUUUCAUAGUAUGCCUUUUCCCAAGUGUAAUUAACUUCAUUGCACAAAGUUUAGAACCCGAAUAUACCGCAUCAGGGAAAUACGGAGACUUGUAUUUGCUGACAUGGUCAUUUUCUGUUUCCUUAUCAGCAACAAAUUCCGCAGUGAAUAUCUUUGUGUAUUACAACAUGAGUUCAAAGUACAAGCAGAUCCUGGAUGAAAUGCUGCUCCGACGCAGUAAGGGGUAAUAUUAGAAUACAAAGAGCUAACUACUAUUCGAAAACGUAUAUGUGAGGUAGCGUGGUGGAAUCAGGCUCUCGUCAAAAUAAUCAAAAUGAAGA